GCACGCUGUACCAUCACAGUGCACAAGCACAACACAAAGAAAACCCAACCUAUAGAAAAACCUAAACCCCCACAGAGAAUCCCAGCCAACUCUAAUCACUUAACCAAAUAACGUCCCCCUCAGAUCCCCAAUGCUAAAACCUCCUCCCUCUCUCACUCUCUAACCUUCUGGUAAUUUAAUUUGAUUAGAGAGGAUAUACGAUUCAUUGAUGGUGUUUGCGUUUCUGGGUUUUUGCUUUUGCACGCGGGCAUUGAAGCUCCUUUCAGGUGGGUGCCUAAACCCUUCAAUUUCAGCAAAUGGGUGUGUUCCAGUUUCUGAAAAUUUGAACAAUAUAUGAUAAAGUCUGUGAUUUCUGGUUCUUUUGGGCGUUUGUAUUUCUGGGUUCCUCAAUUUUUAAAGUGGGUUUUCGAUAUUUAUUCGUAAUGGUUUGUGUAGAAUGCCGAUGUUGAUGGAUGGAUGUGCAUUAAUAUUGGGAAACUCCUGAAACAUGCUCUCUCUGCGAACCAGUCGCAGAUUCUGUAAUGCCGCCAUUGCCAUAACCUCGAAUGAUUGCCCUGCAGCUGCGUCCAAUCGCGUUUUGAAUACGAAACCAUUAGAAGAGCCUGCCCUGGUUAAGCUUAAAGCUGAGAGAGACCCGGAAAAGCUGUUUCAUUUGUUUAAGGCCAACGCGCACAAUAGGCUUGUCAUUGAGAACCGGUUUGCAUUUGACGACAUGGUGUCUCGACUUGCUGGAGCUCACCGGUUUGAUUACAUUGAACAUUUGCUUGAGCAUCAGAAGAGCCUUCCCCAAGGUCGGCGAGAAGGGUUUAUAAUGAGGAUUAUAACAUUGUAUGGUAAGGCUGGGAUGACUAAACAUGCUAUUGAUACUUUUUGUGAUAUGCAUUUAUAUGGUUGUUCUAGGACUGUUAAAUCUUUCAACGCUGCACUCAAGGUUCUGACUCAAACCCGUGAUUUAGGAGCCCUAGAGGCAUUUUUGAGUGAGAUUCCGGAGAAGUUUGACAUUGAACUGGAUAUAUAUUCGGUCAAUAUUGUCAUAAAGGCUUUUUGCGAAAUGGGUAUUUUGGUUAAAGCAUAUCAGAUCAUGGUACAGAUGGAGAAGUUGGGGAUAAAGCCAGACGUCAUUACAUACACAACACUGAUGUCAGCAUUUUAUAAGGACAACCGGUGGGAAAUUGGUAAUGGUUUGUGGAAUCUUAUGAUAUUGAAGGGCUGUUUGCCUAAUCUUGCGACUUUCAAUGUUAGAAUCCAGUAUCUGGUAUAUAGGAGACGAGCCUGGGAAGCGAAUAGAUUGAUGGGUUUGAUGCAGAAUAUUGAGAUAACACCCGAUGAGGUUACAUAUAAUUUGGUCAUCAAAGGUUUUUGUCAGGCGGGGUAUCUUGAAAUGGCCAAAAGGGUGUAUUCUGCUCUACAUGGAAAGGGAUACAAGCCCAAUGUCAAAAUAUAUCAGACCAUGAUUCAUUAUCUUUGUAAAGGAGGAGAUUUUGAUUUGGCAUAUACUAUGUGUAAAGAUUGCAUGCAAAAGAAUUGGUUUCCGAAUGUGGAUACCAUUCGUACAUUGCUUGAAGGCCUAAAGAAGGCAAACCAGCUUGGUAAGGCUAAGGCAAUCAUGAUGUUAGUUCGAAAAAGGGCGCCUCCAUUUUCUACGAAACAAUUGGGUGUUUUGCAAACCAUACUGACCAAGAGUUGAAAUAAGAUGGUGGACGGGAAAACUGAAAAGUGGUUGAUUAUGUAACUGGACAGCUCAACAAGAGCUAGUAUUCUUUUCACCUACUCAUUUGUGAAUCUGCGGAGCAAUUGACACGAUUUUUUUAAUCAUAUGAAAGUGACAUCCUGGUUCUUCAAUGUUCAAUAAUUUGUAUUACCACCUCAGUUGAAUGGAGCUUUGAAUGGACUGCUGUCACCCAAAAUUGUUAUUUGAUGGUGAAGAACAGAAUGGUCAGGGAAAAUGGCAAAGUCAUCCCCAUUAGAUGUCAUAAAAUGCUUGUAUGGAAAAUCCAAUCAUCUGCCACUCUGCCUCUCGAGGUGCAUAACAGUUUCUUCGGGCAACAAGGGGGAACAGAGCCCAGCAGGCAGGGCGUCGAUUCAUUACACUUGAUUCGGUGCAUUCCGGGGAAAAGAAAUAGAAGUUGAAAGUCUGAAGAGGAGGAGGUGUUGCUGCAUCAUGAGCUGGAUCUUGUCCUUCCGAAGUUAUUACGCUUGUAUGCUUGGCAUGAAAUCGUAGAUCUCUCUUCAACUCCUGGAAUUUGAGUGUCAGAGAAGAUGAGAAGAUUGUUUGAUUGCUCUAAAGUUAUCACACUGAAUUCUCACCAAGUGUUCUGCCUAUCCAAAAUUUACCAUUUAUAUCUCUGUCUGUUCGGUUUGGGGAAUAAAUUCUUUGAGAAUGUUGGCUUGUUUGGAAUUUCAUAACUCAUAAGCAUUAUGGUCUAGUAGUAUUGAUCUUCACUUGUAAGUGAGAGGUUUUAGGUUCGAUUCUCGCAAAUGCAAAUGCGAACCAAAUUAUUAUGGCUAACC